GCAUAGACGUCACUGACUGUAUAAAUACAAGGCGGUUCGUUUUGUGCCUGACGGACGUUCCUUGUGGGUUUGACGGAUUAACCGAAACAAAAAAUCGCCGCUUCAUUAGAGUGCCAUGGCACGUACUAAACAGACCGCCCGUAAAUCCACCGGUGGUAAAGCCCCCAGGAAGCAGCUGGCCACCAAGGCGGCCAGGAAGAGUGCGCCCUCCACCGGUGGAGUCAAGAAGCCCCACAGAUACCGCCCUGGAACUGUGGCUCUUCGUGAGAUCCGUCGGUACCAGAAGUCCACAGAGUUGCUGAUCCGCAAGCUUCCUUUCCAGCGUCUGGUUCGGGAGAUCGCUCAAGAUUUCAAGACCGACUUGCGUUUCCAAAGUGCUGCUAUCGGCGCCUUGCAGGAGGCAAGCGAAGCAUACCUGGUGGGUCUGUUUGAGGACACCAACUUGUGUGCCAUCCACGCCAAACGUGUCACCAUUAUGCCCAAAGACAUCCAGUUGGCCCGUCGAAUCCGUGGAGAGCGCGCUUAAACUCUCUUUACUAUUUACUCGACUUUUUUUUGUGUGUGUGUG